GCCGUGUGCGAGGGCGCGGGCGGGGCCGGGCCCGGGGCGGAGCGGCCCGCAGCAGGCAGCGGAGAGGCGCAGCGCGCCGCGGCAGGGCCCGCGGGGCGUCGGGCGCAGUGUCAGUAGUGUUUAUGGAUUAGCAGUACUGGCUCAAGAGUGACAGUAGAGAUCAGCAUCAAGUCUACUGCCUUGGAUUGAUUUGCAGACCAGAGGCUCUGCAUCCACCUCCCACUCUUGGUGUUUUGUUACUCCUUAUGGUAUAGCUGGUGAUUGUCCUUGAGAAGAGAGAAGAUGAUGAGUGAUGCAAGUGACAUGCUGGCUGCCGCUUUGGAGCAGAUGGACGGCAUUAUAGCAGGUUCAAAGGCGCUGGAGUAUUCCAAUGGCAUAUUUGACUGCCAGUCCCCCACCUCACCUUUCAUGGGGGGCCUGCGAGCGCUGCAUCUGGUGGAGGAUCUGCGAGGCCUGCUGGAGAUGAUGGAGGCAGAUGAAAGAGAAGGGCUGCGAUGCCAGGUCCCAGAUUCAACGGCAGAGGCUCUGAUUGAGUGGCUCCAGAGUCAAAUGACUAAUGGACACAUAUCUGGUAAUGGAGAUGUGUAUCAAGAAAGGCUGGCACGUUUGGAAAAUGAUAAGGAAUCUCUUGUUCUGCAGGUAAGUGUGCUUACAGACCAGGUAGAGGCGCAAGGAGAAAAGAUUCGGGAUUUGGAGUUCUGUCUAGAGGAACACAGGGAGAAGCUGAAUGCCACAGAGGAGAUGCUGCAGCAGGAGCUUUUGAGCAGAACAUCUCUUGAAACUCAGAAGCUGGAUCUUAUGGCAGAGAUUUCCAAUCUGAAGUUAAAACUUACAUCUGUGGAAAAGGACAGAUUGGACUAUGAGGAUAGAUUCAGGGACACAGAGGAUUUGAUCCAGGAAAUAAAUGAAUUGCGACUAAGAGUGGGAGAGAUGGACAACGAAAGACUCCAGUAUGAGAAAAAACUUAAAACUACCAAAUCUUUAAUGGCCAAACUUUCUAGCAUGAAAAUCAAAGUGGGUCAGAUGCAGUAUGAAAAGCAGCGGAUGGAACAAAAAUGCCAGAUGCUAAAGGAUGAACUAGCAGCUUUGAAAGAGAAACUGGAGCAGAAGGAAGCUGAGGUAAAAAGGUUACAAGAAAAAUUGAUCUGCAAAAUGAAAGGAGAAGGAGUUGAGAUACUGGACAGAGAUGAAAAUUGUAAAAAGAAGCUCAAAGAUAAAAAUAUAGAGGUACAGAAAAUGAAGAAGGCGGUUGAAUCUCUAAUGGCAGCAAAUGAAGAGAAGGAUCGGAAGAUAGAAGAGCUUCGACAAUCUCUGAAUCGGUACAAAAAAGUUCAAGACAUGGUGAUACUGGCUCAAGGUAAAAAAGGCAAGGAGAGUGAUGGUGAAGAGUUCCUGAAUUCAGGAUCUGUCUCCACGGUUUUAUUGGACACGCCAAGUCUCACUGACCCAGAGAAAAGUCCAUCGUCAACCCCAGUAACAGUGUCUCCAAGCCACGAAGAGUUUAACGUGAACGUACAUGAAGAGAAUUCCUUACAGAUCCACACCAGUAUUUUACAGGUUUCAAUCCCUUCUUUUUCACCAACAUCUAAGAGCUCAGAAACUGUUGCAGAGAAAGUAAAAACACAGCCUAGACCAGAAGCUACGAGUGAAAUGAGUGAAGGGAGAUCAACAGGUUCCUCCCCAGAAACUCAACUGAGUGACAGCCCGGUAAGCUCCUCCCUGCACAAGUCCGGCAGCCUGAGCAGCCUGAAGAAGGAGGCAUCGGAAGCGGACAAGGACCCAGCGCCGAAGCCAGCAGAGGUCAAACCUCCUGUGGAAGGUAGUAAAUUUGGGACCCUGCCUCCAAGAUCACCUUGUCAUGGUGGUGCAGGAGAUGAGGAUAGCUUUGGUACCCGUAAAGCCAGGUCUUCGUUUGGACGAGGCUUUUUCAAGAUAAAAAAUAACAAGAGGACUGCAAGUGCUCCCAAUCUGGAUCGCAGUCGAAGUGCGAGUGCACCUACUUUAGCUGAAACAGAGAAGGGAUCUGCAGAUCACUUGGAUCUGGCUGGUUUGCCCCCUCGACCAAAAGAAACGGAGAGUUUGCAGGUGACACCACCUUCUCCGGAUUCCAAGAAAAAGGCCAGAGGAAUCAAGAAGUUAUUUGGAAAACUUAAAAGGAGUCAGUCCACCACCUUCAACCCAGACGACAUGUCCGAGACGGAGUUCAAAAGAGGAGGGACAAGAGCAACAGCGGGGCCACGGCUGGGCUGGUCACGCGACCUGGGGCAGUCACACAAUGAGCUGGACAUGCCAUUUGCAAAGUGGACAAAGGAGCAGGUUUGCAACUGGCUCCAGGACCAAGGGUUAGGCUCUUACAUGAGUAAUGGCAAACACUGGAUACUCUCUGGGCAAACACUUCUGCAGGCUUCUCAGCAGGAUCUGGAAAAGGAGCUUGGGAUAAAGCACCCGCUGCAUCGGAAGAAACUUCAGCUUGCUCUCCAGGCACUAGGAUCUGAAGAGGAAAACAAUCAUGGAAAAUUGGAUUACCACUGGGUUACCAGAUGGCUGGAUGACAUUGGACUCCCCCAGUAUAAGACUCAGUUUGAUGAAGGAAAGGUGGACGGCCGAAUGCUCCAUUACAUGAGCGUGGAUGACUUGCUGUCCUUGAAAGUUGUUAGCGUCCUCCACCAUCUUAGCAUCAAAAGAGCCAUCCAGGUUCUGCGAAUAAAUAAUUUCGAACCCAACUGUCUGCGCCGGAGGCCAUCUGAUGAGAACAACAUCACCCCCUCGGAGGUUACACAGUGGACCAAUCAUCGUGUGAUGGAGUGGUUACGCUCUGUUGAUCUAGCAGAGUAUGCACCCAAUCUGCGGGGGAGCGGCGUGCAUGGGGGGCUGAUGGUUUUAGAGCCUCGCUUCAAUGUAGAAACCAUGGCACAGUUGCUGAACAUCCCGCCAAACAAGACACUGCUGAGACGGCACUUGGCGACUCAUUUCAACCUGCUUGUUGGUCAAGAGGCUCAGCUGCAGAAACGCGAAGCCAUGGAGUCCCCCGACUACGUCCUCUUAACAGCAACUGCCAAAGUAAAGCCAAAGAAACUUGCCUUCAGCAAUUUUGGGAGUUUGAGGAAGAAGAAGCAGGAUGAUGUGGAAGAGUAUGUAUGUCCUAUGGAAGUGGGGCAGGCAUCUGGAAGUGCAUCAAAGAAGGGAUUUAAGUCUGGCCUGGAUAUCCGAGUAUAUGACGAUGACGAUUUGGACAGGCUGGAACAGAUGGAAGAUUCAGAAGGAACAGUGAGGCAAAUAGGAGCAUUUUCUGAAGGCAUCAACAACUUGACACACAUGUUAAAGGAAGAUGAGAUGUUUAAAGACUUUACGACUCGCUCUCCUAGCACCAGUAUAACGGAUGAGGACUCCAAUGUGUGACAGUAAAUGCCGGGCACUGAUAAAGGCUCUCUUCCCUAUGUGCAAGAAACAUCAUCAUUAUAAGUGAUGGGCAGCAGAUCAUGUACAUUACACUGCUCUUGCUUCUGUUUGUUAGAAGUGAUAUUGGGGGUGGAGAAUUAAAAAAAAGAAAAAGAAAAAAGGUGCCUACUUCAAAGUUGCCAUAAGAAACACCCAGACACUGGUGAAUGCUAAUUGUUUUUACUAUAUUUAAUGUACAAACUGGUGAUAUGUUUCAGAGUGUUGCAUUUAAAUUUAUGUUAUCAUAAUGCUCCUUUUCCUUAUUCAUUUCCUUAGGUAUUCCUUUAUACUGUUCCACGAUAACACUUAUCAAGAUGUUAUGGAGAAGUACUGCAUCUGUAGAUGUUGUGCAUCAGCUUUCUCUAGGGUCUCAGCUGAGAAAAAUGUCACUGCUGUCCUUUUCAAAUGGACAAAUACCAGUUCUACCUUUCACACAGUAUCCAACAUAGGAUUUUAGUUAUUCGUGCCCUGUGUAAUCUCUUAACUGUUGCUCUUAUUUUUAUACUGUUUUAUAAAAAAAAAAAGAAAGUAUAUGAAGUACAUAUAAAAGCAGAAAUUUAAAUUUUGUGACAUAGAGUGGUGGAAAGUUUGAGGUGUGGGGGAAGGGGAAAGUGUUGUAAAAAGAUUAUCCCAGUUUGCGUACCAGCUGGUUACUGGAAAAGGCAGGCUGACCUUUGGAACUGUUUGCUUUUUUUCCUUUUGCAAAGUGCACAGUUUAAUGAUCUUCCAUUUUGGGGUGAAGUAAUUAUAAAGCAUAUCUCCUCUUGUGGUGACUCUCAGUAACUGCAGAUUUAAAAGCAUCUUCUUUCUUGCUCCCAGCAGCAGUUCCAGCAUUCAGACAAGGUUAACAACACAUCUGUGACUUAAAAAUAUUCUGGAGAAUUUUCUUCCUGAAUUUGAGAGAACUCCUUGCAUAUGGAAGGGAUAUAUCUGUGCUGUGACUAACGUAAAGAUGGUGUAGUUGCAAAAAAAUAAAGUUAUAUAGAGAAAAGUAUAGGAAAUAUAUUAUUUCAUAAUAUUAAACCUAAGGUAGGGCUUUUCCUGAAAAAAAUCAAAUAUCAGCCAUGUUGCUCAUCAUUUUACCUUCUGUUCUGCUUUGAAAACCUGAUUUCAAAAAUCUGAACUAGCCAGUGGAUAUCUUUUGUCAGACUUUCUGUAUUACAAGGUGUCCUCGCCAAAAGCAAACAAAAAAGUAACUCUGUUUGUUGAAGUGGUCAUUUGUAUGGUGCUGAAUGUUGCAUGUAUUUUAGCACAAUGGCAUGAUGCUUCUUUGCUUUGUACAGGAAAAAAAAAAAAACACAGCUAGAAUUGUUCCUUGCAGCGCUGUUCUGCUUUAACAAGAGUUUGUCACUUGUUUCAUCACUGUUUUUGUUGGAAGGGAGACUGGUUUUGACACAUUGCUUAUAUGGGAUAAAGGAUGUUAUUCCUGAAAUAUUGUUACCAAAGUUAGGAAGGAAAAAAAGAUUCGCCAGGUAUUUCAGAGGUGCUCCCUUCAGAUGCUGGGGUACGUUGGAGACAUGCUCUACCAUUAUGUUAUUAUAAGCUAUUUCCAGUCUGGUUCUUUCAAGGAUGUGCAGUGUGGGCUAUUAUUUGUGUACAAAGAUGAAAAACUCGAUGAGAACCAGUUGUAUUUUUAUAUACACACCCACACACCCACACACCCACACACACACAAAAAAUAUCAAGUGCUGUCAUUUUCUCUUUCAUAACUGAAGCCCGGCAAACAAUCCAUAAUGUAUUCAGAAAACAGUUUAUGCCACUUACUUACUUAAGACUUGCAUGUCUACAAAAAAGAUCACAACUGAGGCAUCAUUCCAAAUUUCUGACUAAACAAUAUCCACGAAUAACUUGCUUAUCCCUCUGCAGUUUUGCGGGCUCUUGAGCUAUUUUAGGCCGAUGUCUCCCGUCCUGUAAUGCUCGGUGACGGCUUCCAGGUGCAGAUACCCGUGAUACAGUUCAGGGCUUGCUUUCGGUGACUGAUCCGCGGUAGGGUUGUUAGCGCGGUGUGAGUUGGGCUCGGGACUCCGGGGCUCCCGCAGCGUUCGGCAGAGCGGGGAUCAGCUGGAUGGUCACGGGAGAAAGCGGGGCUGCGACACAAUGUUACAUACUGGAAUAGCCACAAACGAACGCGCUCAGAAAGAUUACGUUUAGAUCGAGUGCUGUUGAAGAGCGCAUCGCCAAUUGCGUAGGACCGUCUGUUUUUAAGUCCAGUGUAAAUAGAAUUCUGUUCAGAAGAAUCCUUUUCUGCAUUUACUGGUUGAAAAACAGGUUGUCCCUUGAAAGCUACCUAUCAUCUGAACUUUUUUUUUUUUUUUGAUGGGGGUAUAAUAAAAAAAAAAAGAUAAAAGCCCGAAAGCUAACAUGCACGUGUGCACACAGUUGGUACUGUUACGGUAUUUUAAUUUGUGUGUAUUUGAAGAGGGCAGCAUAACUACUGUGUAUUGCCAUGUAAAAUCCAAUAAAAUCUUUGGAAAAUGCCA